CUUGAUCGUUUGUAUCAUUGCAUGUUUUAUUGGUUUGGUCGUUUUUCUAUUCAUCAACGAAUCCAACCGUCCGGCGCCAAAAGUAGAAUUAGCUUCUAUAUGGAUUUCACGGUGCUUAAUAUCACACAGACUCGUCUUAGUGCAAAGUGGGAUUUGUCCAUAAGGAUCCCUGAAGAUCUUCCUGGUAACUAUAUAUGUCUUCAAGGAGACUUCCAAGCUUCAUUUCUUUACAAGAAUGUUACUCUUGCUACAUCAUCUCCACAAAAUUACAACAAUCUCAAAUACCGCUUGCCUCAGCUUCUUAAAGUUUCUGCGGUUGUCUCCGACGAAGAUAUUGGUUCGAUUGGAACAUGCAUUAUGGAAGAUGUCAAAGAGAGGAAGCAAGUAACGUUUGGAUCACAGUUUUCUCUUACCGAUUGCAGAAAAAAGACGUCAGGAGUUAUGAGUUAUGCAUGCCAUGAAGUGACCUUGAGGUUCGAACCCGGAUCCAAGAUGAAGGCGUCUGUGUUUGGGAAGCAUCCAAGUCAGUUUGGAUUUUGCGGUACCACUUCAGACUAUUGUGGUGUAGGUUGCCAACAAGGGCCUUGUUUUGCUCCUCCUCCUGCUAAUGGUGUGUCUGUGGCUGAGAUUGUUACGCAAGAUUUUUUCAAUGGAAUCAUUAGUCAAGCCGCGUCUAGUUGCGCGGGAAAUAGUUUUUACAGUCGAGGAGCUUUUCUUGAGGCCUUAGACUCAUAUUCUCGUUUCGGUAGGGUUGGAUCAACCGAUGACUCUAGACGUGAGAUCGCAGCGUUCUUUGCCCAUGUCACGCAUGAAACUGGACAUUUCUGCUACAUAGAAGAGAUAGACGGAGCCUCAAAGGAUUACUGCGACGAGAAUGCAACGCAAUAUCCAUGCAAUCCUAACAAAGGCUAUUACGGCCGCGGACCGAUUCAACUCUCUUGGAAUUUCAACUACGGGCCAGCUGGAACCGCAAUUGGUUUCGACGGCCUAAACGCACCGGAAACAGUAGGCACAGAUCCAGUCAUAUCCUUCAAGACCGCCUUGUGGUACUGGACCAAUAGGGUUCAGCCUGUUCUCUCUCAAGGUUUUGGUGCAACAAUCCGAGCCAUUAACGGUGCUUUGGAGUGUGACGGGGCCAACACAGCCACCGUUCAAGCUAGAGUUCGUUACUACACGGAUUAUUGUCGUCAACUUGGCGUUGAUCCUGGAAACAACCUCACUUGCUAACAAAAACAUCUACUGUAUUAAAUGAUCUAUUUCUCU